CUUGGCAUUCUCAACUGGCUCAAGAGACCCCUCCUUUAUUUUCAUCGCUCCUCGGCGGACUUUCCCACGCUUCUCCUUUUAUAUAUCCUCCUACCUUUCCUCUCCCUCCAAACCCCUUCUCUCUCUCUUUCCUUUUCAAACAAACAAAAAAUGGCUAUGGCCACCCAACCCUCCACCACCCUCCUCCAGAACCCCUUCAUUUCCUCCAAACCAAAGCUCUCCGCCGCCGCGAUCCCUCUCCCUCCACGGCGCCGUUCCCUCUCCGCUCAAUGCUCCGUCGCCGUCGCGCCGUCCGCCGCGGUUAGAGCUUCCAAGGAGUACAAGGUGAAGUCGGUGAAGGCGAGGCAGAUUAUUGACAGCAGGGGGAAUCCGACGGUCGAGGUUGAUCUGGUCACUGAUGAUCUGUACCGAUCGGCCGUUCCUAGUGGGGCCUCUACCGGAAUCUACGAGGCGUUGGAGCUUAGGGACGGUGAUAAGGCUGUUUACGGCGGCAAGGGUGUGCUUAAUGCUGUUAGGAAUAUCAAUGACAUUUUGGGGCCUAAGCUUAUUGGCAUCGAUGUCAGAAAUCAAAAUGCUGUGGAUGCGGUCAUGUUGGAAAUAGACGGAACACCAAACAAGUCUAAACUGGGGGCCAAUGCCAUAUUGGGAGUGUCUCUUAGUGUGUGCAGAGCAGGUGCAGGGGCAAAGGGAAUUCCCCUGUACAAGCACAUCCAGGAAGUGUCUGGAACAAAAGAGCUUGUUAUGCCCGUUCCGGCUUUUAAUGUCAUAAAUGGAGGAAGCCAUGCUGGAAACAAUCUCGCCAUGCAAGAGUUUAUGAUAUUGCCUGUUGGUGCCUCCUCAUUUGCCGAGGCACUACGGAUGGGUAGUGAAGUUUAUCACAUACUAAAGGGAAUUAUCAAGAAAAAGUAUGGACAAGAUGCUUGCAAUGUUGGAGAUGAAGGGGGAUUUGCUCCCAAUGUACAAGAUAACAGGGAAGGAUUGGUUUUGCUCAUUGAUGCUAUUGAAAAGGCUGGUUACACUGGCAAGAUCAAAAUCGGAAUGGAUGUUGCUGCUUCAGAAUUUCUCACCAAGGAUGGCAACUAUGAUCUUAACUUUAAGAAACAACCAAAUGACGGGGCACAUGUGCGCUCACCUCAGAGCCUUGGCGACCUGUACAAGGAGUUUAUCAGAGAUUUCCCUAUUGUGUCCAUUGAAGAUCCAUUUGACCAAGAUGAUUGGAGCUCAUGGUCUUCACUUCAAUCUUCAGUUGAUAUCCAAAUUGUAGGAGAUGACUUAUUGGUCACAAAUCCAAAGAAGAUUUCUGAAGCCAUUGGGAAGAAGGCAUGCAAUGCCUUGCUUUUGAAGGUAAACCAGAUCGGCACAAUCACUGAAUCUAUUCAGGCAGCACUUGACUCAAAAGCUGCUGGCUGGGGUGUGAUGGUUAGUCACAGGAGUGGGGAAACUGAGGAUAACUUCAUUGCUGAUCUCUCUGUUGGCUUGGCCAGUGGACAGAUUAAGACAGGAGCUCCUUGCCGAAGUGAGCGUUUGGCCAAGUAUAACCAGCUUCUGCGUAUAGAAGAGGAACUUGGUAAUGUCCGUUAUGCUGGUGAAGCUUUCAGAGCUCCAUGAGGGGAGGACUUUUACAUGUUUCAGGCAUGCGUUGACCAGAUCAUUCAUCACGUUUUCUGAGCUUCGAGUCCAACUUGGGUUUGUGGGAACAUCUACAGAAAUUUUUGAUAGAGGUUAAUGAAGUGAGAUGUUAUUGGAUAAUUCCAUUUGCCGAAACGCCCGGAAUAAGACACCACAAGUAUCCAUUAUCUAUGGAAAUGUUUGUAGGUCAAUAAAGAAGUUUAGUUUUCUAUAAUGUUUUAGUGUUUUGUAUGGAAUUGUAGACUGCUGACCUUCUCGUCAAGUCAUCGUUCCAACUCUGUAGCUGUUAUGUUGUACCAGAAUGUAUUCAAUGUAAUGUAUCAUGUACCAUAUAUUUGACCUCUACUUUCUUUUUACUUUUUGUCGAACAAUUUAACCUCUACUUUAGAUCUCAUAAU